GUCUCCCACGGACAGAUGUAACUGAGACCUAAGUGUUAAAUACAUGACUAAUUACAAACCUACUUAUGAAAAUUGAACACUAGUGUUAUGCUAAUACACCUUCCUUCAGAUAGAGCUGUAAUCUAUAAAAAAAGAAGUAUUUAAUCAAACUGUCCGGAGUAGCUUCAACGAGGAUGGAAAUGAUUAUUUAACGUUAAUAAAUGAGGCCGCACUUUUAUUACAAUGAUGCACCUGAUUGUACCGUGUAAAAUCCACCGCUGCUCCCAUGUAGAUGACUUUAUUAUUCCAUAAUACAAAUGUGAAUAGUGCUGAGACAAUAGUGGACCAGGUGUCAUCACUGAAUGCCAUCCAAUAUUAUCACAAUUACGCAUAAACGGGAUUUUUAAAAAUAAUUUUGUAUUUGACGAUUUGUAAAUAAUAAUACAAAUAACAAAAAAUAUUAAGAGCAAAUCUUGACAUGUCAACGGGUGUCUUAGAUGUCUGUGGCUUUCCUUGACUUUAUCGGAUUCUUCGGACCCAGCCCCAGCGUCGCCAAUCGGCUUCCCUCUUGGAGAGAGUGGACCAAUCAGCAACAGUCUUUGAUGAAUAUUCAUGAGUCCGAGAUUCAAACCUUUGAGCGAGUUUGUCUUGGUCCACAGCAUCAUACCUAGGACUUUUCACAGGCACAAACUACAUUUUCUUAUGAAUGGAAACAGAAAAAAUCUGUUCGGCUUAAAUUGGGACCCAUCCUUCACUGAGAUCAUAGAAGGAAAACAACAAAAGCGAGACAAGGCGAACCGCCAGAAGAGAUGACAAUGACUACAAUUCCAGAAAGUCUUAAUAGCCCCGCUUCAGGAAAACCCGUUUUCAUGGAGUUUGGAUCCCCGAGUCAACAAAUGUCGCCUUCCUCCAUGUCUCACGGACACUAUCCAAUGCACUGUUUACAUUCUGCAGGUCAUGCCCAGCACGACAGCUACAGUCCAGCCUCGUCGUUCCCCAGAUCUCUGGGUUAUCCAUACGUGAACUCUGUCGGCGGCCACGCCACCAGCCCAUAUCUCAGCACAGUACAGACCUACCAAAACAGCUCGGCACUCACACAGACACGCUUAGAGGAGACAGAAGCGGAGAAAAACACAGUGGUCGAAGGCGGAGAGGUUCGAUUUAACGGGAAGGGGAAAAAGAUCAGGAAACCCAGGACUAUCUAUUCCAGUUUACAACUGCAAGCUCUGAACAGGAGAUUUCAACAAACGCAGUACUUGGCGUUGCCGGAGAGAGCCGAGCUGGCAGCGUCGCUGGGUCUCACUCAAACACAGGUGAAGAUUUGGUUUCAAAAUAAGCGAUCUAAAUUCAAGAAACUGAUGAAGCAAGGCGGGGGCACAAUCGACGCCGCCGCUUUGGCCACCGGCCGCGGACUGUCGAGCGUUUCUCCCUCGGUGGCGCCGGUCUGGAGCUCACCGACCACCGUGAAGACUCCGGUGGGGACAACCGGAUCGUACAUUCCCAGCUACACCUCGUGGUAUCCCACCGCACACCAAGAGUCUAUGCAACAGUCACAGCUCAUGUGAACGGAGACCCGAAGCCCUGGACUCUGCCGCGGCUCGUGUAUCGCGAUGGGGGAUUUUGGGGCCCCUCGGCGCGGCCCGGCACUGAAAACACAACGACGGAGACCCCGGAGUCUGCUGCAGCCAAUGCCGACACAGAGGCCUCUUCACACAGGAUGACGGCAAGCAGGGAGUUAAGGCUGAAAAGGCACGCGAAGCGCCCACGGGCGACGAGUCUGUGACAGUCAGCGGAAGUUGUUGACCAGCGGAUGUUUUUUUUUUUGUUUUUUUUUUAGGCUCCUGUUCAUCACUUUUGUGGCAGUUUAAUUUUUUUUCCUUAAAAAAAAAAUACUUGUGUGAAUUAUUCUGUUUGUAAGAAAAACACGUGUUGGUUUACACCAGAUGUUGGCCCCAAAGUGACGAUGACCUGAAAUCGAUCUGCAUUCAUUAACAGUUAACGGUUCAUUCUUUUACCAAAUAAUGCUAAUUAGUGCAUUGAACUAUUGUUCUUUCGGCACACUCAACCCCAGGGCAUUCUGUGCAAAGCCUCAACUCGCUCUAUGUUGUUUACGUGUUUGUUAUUUAAGUUAAAUUAUUCAGACUAGUUUCUUCUGUUGAGGUCAGUGUUCAUUUUUGUAAGUGUGUUUUGAAAUUACAACACUGUGUUGUUAAUGCUGCACUUAACGCAAGCAAAGCUUUUCUAUGCCGCCCUAUGUUAUGUGAAAAUGUAAAAGGUCUGGCAAUUUGCUGCUUUAUAAAAAAGAAAUAUCCUGAUGGUGAGCAGCUCAUUUGUCACUGUAUUUUGUACAUACCUUUCAGACUUGUUUUGUGCUGUACUGGAUACGCUGUGGAACAGGGCUUUAGGCUUUCUGUAUUCGUCGAGAUGUGCUUAGUCAACAUAGAAAAUAUUUAGUUUUGUAUUGAUGACUUUAAUUUAUUUAUCUGUUUCUGAAGGUUAUGUACAUAAUGUGCAAAGUUUCAAAAGCAGUAAAAUAAUGAUUUAAAUUA